GGGCUGCUUGUGACAGGACAUCGCCGUUGUACCAGUCUGGGAGCAAAAAAAAUAUGGAAUGUGUUUCACUGCUGACCGAAUGCAGCCAAAUGAACAGUAUUUAUAGUAGUUUGAAAAUCAGCAGUUAGCAGUUUCUUCACACUCUAACACUUACCAGCACUUUCCAGAGAGAGCUCAUUGUUUACAAGAAAUCCGCUUUCCAAAUCCGUUACGGUGCCCUUCGUCUUGUCUAUUAGCUGUUUGUAAAGGGGAAACGCUUAGGCUACGUCUUGGGAAAAGAUGGCAAUGGAUGAGUACCUGUGGAUGGUCAUUGUGGGCUUUAUCAUUGCUUUUAUUUUAGCGUUUUCGGUCGGUGCAAAUGACGUUGCCAAUUCGUUCGGAACUGCUGUGGGCUCUGGUGUUGUCACUUUACGCCAGGCUUGCAUUUUGGCUUCCAUUUUUGAAACCACUGGCUCAGUAUUACUGGGAGCAAAAGUAGGAGAAACAAUCCGGAAAGGUAUAAUCGAUGUUAACCUGUACAACAACACGGUUCCGCUGCUGAUGGCAGGAGAAGUGAGUGCAAUGGUUGGUUCUGCAGUUUGGCAGCUGAUUGCAUCUUUCUUGAAACUGCCGAUCUCGGGGACUCACUGCAUCGUAGGGGCUACGAUUGGCUUCUCCCUCGUUGCAAUCGGCACGCAGGGGGUUCAGUGGAUGCAGCUGGUCAAGAUUGUUGCCUCUUGGUUUAUUUCCCCACUUUUAUCUGGCUUGAUGUCUGGAGUACUCUUUGUCCUGAUUAGAUUCUUCAUUUUAAACAAGGAAGACCCCGUGCCCAACGGUCUCCGUGCGCUUCCCGUGUUUUAUGCUGCUACGAUAGCCAUUAACGUGUUCUCCAUCAUGUUCACCGGGGCGCCAGUAUUAGGACUGGUAUUGCCAAUGUGGGCUAUUGCUCUAAUAUCCAUCGGCGUAUCCUUAAUAUUUGCUGUCCUGGUUUGGAUUUUUGUAUGUCCAUGGAUGAAGAGAAAAAUAGAAAGUCAGUUAAAGAAAGAUGCUGCACUGUCAAGGAUAUCAGAUGAAAGCCUUGAUAAAAUUCAAGAUGAAGAAACACCAGUCUUUAAAGAGCUUCCAGGUGCCAAAGCAAGUGAUGAGAGCACAAUUCCCCUCACUGGCCCAGCAACAGAAGCUGCUGGGGCAUCUGAUAAUAUCGCGAAUGGAAACCAUCCUCGUGUACCAUAUGGAAGAGCCUUUUCCAUGACGCACACCUCGGUGAAAUCACCUGUUUCCAAUGGCACUUUCAGCUUUGAUGGCCAGAUGAGAAGCGACGGCCACGUGUAUCACACUGUGCACAAGGACUCAGGUUUAUACAAAGACUUGCUACACAAAAUACACCUGGACAGGGCCACCGAUGAGAGGCCCUCUCAAGAAAACAACUAUAAACUGUUACGGCGCAAUAACAGCUACACUUGUUACACAGCUGCCAUUUGUGGCAUGCCUGUGCAUUCUUCCUUUAAGGCUGCUGACACAUCAACGCCAGAGGACAGUGAAAAGCUGGUGGGGGACACAGUCUCCUACUCUAAGAAGCGAGUUCGCUAUGACAGCUACUCCAGCUAUUGCAACGCAGUGGCCGAAGCAGAGAUCGAGGCGGAGGAAGGAGGAGUGGAAAUGAAGUUGGCCUCUGAGCUGGCGGAUCCCAACCGGCCCCCAGAAGAUCCUGUGGAAGAGGAUAAGGAAGAGAAGGACACGUCUCAGGUCCAUCUGCUUUUCCACUUCCUCCAGAUCCUAACAGCCUGUUUUGGAUCCUUUGCCCAUGGAGGUAAUGAUGUCAGCAAUGCAAUUGGUCCUCUAGUCGCCCUCUGGCUUAUCUACGACCAAGGGGGUGUCAUGCAGGAGGCAUCAACCCCCGUCUGGCUGCUGUUCUACGGAGGCGUUGGGAUUUGCGUGGGUCUCUGGGUCUGGGGUAGAAGAGUCAUCCAGACGAUGGGCAAAGACCUCACGCCAAUCACGCCGUCGAGUGGAUUCACUAUUGAGUUGGCUUCGGCGUUCACAGUUGUGGUAGCUUCCAAUGUUGGACUUCCAGUCAGUACUACACACUGCAAGGUGGGAUCCGUGGUGGCCGUCGGCUGGAUACGAUCCAAGAAGGCCGUCGACUGGCGCCUCUUCCGCAACAUCUUCCUGGCCUGGUUCGUGACUGUGCCGGUCGCGGGCCUGUUCAGCGCGGGCGUGAUGGCGCUGCUCAUGUACGGGGUCCUGCCCUUCGUGUGAGGAGCCCCCUUCUCCGGGAAAAGGGGAGAGGGCUGAGCUACUGCGGGGGCAGAAGCAUUCCCGGGAAAGGAACGGUUCGCAAGGAUUCAUCUUCCAUAGCUAACUUCUUAUCUACUGUACAUAACAAUGUGUCAUAUUGGUGACAUGGUGAUGUGGUGCCAUUUCUUAUAUAUUAAAGAAAUAUAUAUGCAUAUAGUAGGUAACAAUGCCUAAGUUAUAUUAUCAGUGGGGUGAAAAUAAUUGCCUAGAAUUUAAUAUUUAGUAAAAUUUGUAAAUAGUGUAUCAUUUUGGUGGCAAUUUUUUAAUCUUUUGAAGAAGAGUAUGGAUUAGGAAGUGUUUCUUGUCCAUUUGAUAUAAGAAGAAGCGAGGUACAGGACUGCAUUAACACAUGAUUUUUUUUAAAGCGGUUAAGAUACUGGAACAAAAUGUGCAGAAGUGCUUUUCAUAAAAUAACUUUGUUCAUAUCAUAUUGAACUUUGUGUAUCAUAGCAUAAUGGUUAUGGCUUUGUAAAUACUUACAAACAAUAACUUUUAAAUGGUGCAUUUCCCUUAUAUAUUUUGGAUAAGAAAGUUUAGGAAGUACCAAAGAAGCAGGGGAAUAGCUUGCCAAUAUUAUGUUGUUGUCUACACGUGUGGGCGUGUGUUGUGUUUCCCCACCUCUAAUUUAAAGUUGUUUUCACUACGCUGCCACCAGCAAAGCUGGGAAAGUACUGUUCAUGUCUUAAUGUUAACU